CGAACAUGAUUACAGAAGAGCGCUCCUCGGCUGCACGCUGUCGGGUUGUCCUGAAUCCCGACCAGAUGAAACUAAAUAAGCAGGCGUAAAGGGAUAAUAUUCAGAGGGUGGGAAUAAGAAGAUAUCUUUCUUUCUUUUUUUUGAGACCCUUGUGAGAAAAAGCCGUGUGCUCGUUGCAUAGUUGAUUUUAAACUAUUCCUAUAUUGAAAAUAACAUGUAUGUGCACGUUGGAUUAGUUGGUUUCUGCCUGGUCGCCUUUGUCCAACAGCCAGCUCACGCUUCAGGAAGUAAAACCACUCAAGAUGUGGAUGAGUGUGCUGAGGCGCUUGACAACUGCAGCAUCGAUGCCAUCUGCCAGAAUACCCUGAAGUCAUACAAAUGUAUCUGCAAAUCAGGCUAUAAAGGGGACGGCAAGUACUGUGAAGAUUUAGAUGAAUGUGCGACUGAAUACAAUGGGGGCUGUGUCCAUGAUUGCAUCAAUAUCCCAGGAAAUUACAGGUGCACGUGCUACGAUGGCUUCCGCCUGGCUCACGAUGGGCACAACUGUCUAGAUGUGGAUGAGUGUUCGGAAGGCAAUGGUGGAUGCCAGCAGAUUUGUGUCAACAUGAUGGGCAGCUAUGAAUGCCGCUGCAGAGAAGGAUUCUUCCUAAGUGACAACCAGCAUACCUGUAUCCAGAGGCCUAAAGUGCGGUUAGAGGGCACAAAGGAGGGUCCCACCUGCAUGGACAAAAACCACGGCUGUGCACACAUAUGCCGUGAGACACAGAAAGGUGGCAUCUCCUGUGAGUGCAGACCUGGCUUCCAGCUCACCCGUAACAUGAAGGACUGCAAAUUGACGUGUAACUAUGGCAACGGGGGCUGCCAGCACAUCUGUGAGGAGACGGACCAUGGACCCAGAUGUUCGUGUCACAUGAAGUUUGUUCUGCACACCGAUGGAAAGACAUGUGUAGGGGAGAGGAGUGUCCAGUCCCAGGCAGCCCCACAGCUGUUUCCCAAUGAGACCUGUGCAGUGAACAACGGCGGCUGUGACAGCACGUGUCAUGACGCAGUGACAGGGGUCCGCUGCAGCUGCCCUGUUGGCUUCACUCUGCAGCCCGACCGCAAGACCUGCAAAGACAUUGAUGAAUGCCGUCUCAACAAUGGGGGCUGUGACCACGUGUGCCGGAACACCGUGGGCAGCUUCGAGUGCAGCUGCAAGAAGGGCUACAAGCUGUUGACUAAUGAGAGGACCUGUCAAGACAUUGAUGAAUGUUCCUUCGACAGAGCCUGUGACCAUUCUUGCGUCAACUCUGCUGGCAGUUUCCAAUGCCUCUGUCAUAAAGGCUAUGUUCUCUAUGGCCUGGCACAUUGUGGAGAUAUUGAUGAGUGCAGUAUAAACCGAGGGGGCUGUAAAUAUGGCUGUGUCAACACCCAGGGGGGCUACGAAUGUACCUGUCCACCAGGGUACAAGCUGCACUGGAACAAGAAAGAUUGCAUUGAGUUGGUAAAAUGUCCUCCUGGGCUCAUAGCUCCAAAGGCCACCCUGACCUGUAGUAAGACGGGCAAGAAGGAGAGCUGCUCCCUCACCUGUUCCUCUAAAGCACAUUACCUGUCAGAGUCGGAUAACAGUUUCUCAGUAAGCUGUGGUAUCCCUAUCCUCAAAGGGAAGUCAUCUACCAGGCUCAAUGCCAGCAGCAGUCAUAGCUGCAUAGAGACUCUGGCGCCCCCAGUGAAGCAGACAGCCUCUUUUAAGAUCAAAGAUGCCAAGUGUCACCUACACCCUAAGAUGACUGGACGGACAGAGGACAGGGGCCGCACGCUAGGUCCAGGAGGUGGGCAGCCCUGCAGUAACUGCCUGGUGACAUUUGUCAACCUGAAAUGUGACUCCUCCAAGAAAACUAAAGGGCGACGUGCCCGCAACCCUUCUAACAAGGAGGUGACACGCAUCACCUUGGAGCUGGAAGCUGAGGUCAAACCUGGUGACACCACAGGCAGCUGCAAUCUCAGCUGCUUGAGGCAGCGAAUGGAGAAGCAGGUGAAGACGUACAUCAAGGCUCUGAAGAAGUCCAUCAAUCAGGAGCGCUUCCUGAUUCGAGUGGCAGGGCUGGAGUAUGAGGUAGCCCAGAAACUGCCCCAGAGCGCCGUCAGUCAGGACAACUGUGGCCCAGGCCGAGAGAAGGACAGCGGACGAUGUGUCAGAUGCUUGCCUGGGUCUUAUUACCAUGGUGAGCAGGAGCGUUGUGUCCAGUGUCCACCGGGUACAUUUCAGGAAAAGGAGGGGCAGCUGGCCUGCGACCUUUGCCCGGGCAGCGAUGGCCACGGGCCCGCCGGGGCUCGUAACAUCUCGUCAUGUGCAGGCCAAUGUCCCACUGGGUACUUCUCCAAUGAUGGGUUCAAACCCUGCCAGCCCUGCCCGCAGGGGACUUACCAGCCCGACCUGGGACGAACCCUUUGCUUUCCCUGCGGCGGAGGGCUUAGCACCAAGCGGGAAGGUGCCAGCUCCUUCCAUGACUGUGAAGUUAAAGUUCAGUGCUCUCCAGGUCAUUACUAUAACACUACAGUGCACCGGUGCAUCCGGUGCCCACUGGGGACCUACCAGACUGAAUUCAGACAGAACUACUGCAUCUCCUGCCCUGGAAACACUACCACUGAUUUUGAUGGGGCCACCAGCGUCUCCCAGUGCAAAAACAGGGAAUGUGGUGGAGAAAUGGGCGAGUUCACGGGUUACAUUGAGUCGCCCAACUACCCUGGUAAUUAUCCCGCUAAUGUGGAGUGUAUUUGGAACAUCAACCCUCCCAGCAAGCGCAAGAUCCUUAUUGUAGUGCCAGAGAUCUUCCUGCCCUCCGAAGAUGAGUGUGGAGACGUACUGGUCAUGAGGAAGAACUGGUCAGCUACAUCCAUCACCACCUAUGAGACAUGUCAGACAUACGAGCGACCAAUCGCCUUCACCGCCCGCUCCAGACGACUCUGGAUCAACUUCAAGUCUAACGAGGCCAACAGCGCCCGGGGCUUCCAGAUCCCCUACGUCACUUACGAUGAGGACUAUGAACAGCUUGUAGAGGACAUAGUGAGAGAUGGAAGACUCUACGCUUCAGAAAACCAUCAAGAAAUCCUCAAGGAUAAAAAACUGAUCAAGACUCUCUUUGACGUGCUGGCCCACCCAAACAACUACUUUAAGUACACCACUCGAGAGUCCAACGAGAUGCUGCCCCGCUCCUUUAUACGACUCAUAAGCAGCAAAGUCUCCGCUUUCCUGCGACCAUACAAGUAAACGGCCCGGCAGCCUGUGAAUCACCGGAUCAUGCUCCCCUACAGGACACAGCCCCUUACUCUCACAGGACUAAAAAAAAAACAAGAUAAUGUACGUUUUUUCUCCUCUCUUCUUUUCCGCAGGCUUCGACAACAAAUAGUUGGCUAUGCAGACUUCACAAAACUGUUGAGCUUAAAAUCUGUUUUUUUAGGUCUUUCUUGGUUUCCCUUUGAGCGUGGGUCUGCGAUCCCCGUCUUGAACACAGAGUGGGGAUGUUGAGUAUGUAUGUACGCGAGUUUGUGUUUCUGUUGUCCUGUGUGAUGAAACCACAAAAAAGCAAUAGGGACAUCUAUCUUCAGAUGGUAGGAUGGUUAGAAACGGUGUGAAUUUUGUGGUUUAAGCUGGAUUUAGAUAUAACAUUUGUUUGGGUGGUCUGUUCCAGUGCCAACUUAACGUAAGGAUGAUUGUUCAAGUGUUGUGUAAUCUUCAGUGUCUACUAACUGUCCUCAAGGAGGAACAGUGGCUAACUUCCUGUCACAUCUCCAUUCCAGGCCAUUCAACGCCUAUAUUUGAGCUCAUAGAGCAUUUUCCUUUUGGGUAUUACUGUUAAAACAGUUGAUCUAUUUUUUCCUUCUUUCCAGAUUGUACAGGGGUUUUAUCAAUCUUAAUAAUUUUAUUUACUUCAAAUUAACUGAAAGCAAAAAUACACAGCAGUUUUAUCUUUCCAGAAUGCAAACAUUUAAAAAAUAAAAGAAGAGGAUUUAGAAAACUAAUGGGUGAGAUAAAGUGAUGUCGUUGUGGAACAUGCCUCUUAAGAGACAGAAAUGUCUGAGGGACAUAUGUGUGCUGCUUCUUUUAAAAGGUCACUUUAUUUCUUUAAAUCUCAUUUUGUCUUCCUGACAUCUAUACUUAGUAGUCGAUAGGUUUAACAGAGAAUAUGAAAUACAGCUGCCACCGGUGUACGCGACAAACAGAUUAACUCAGUUUCUGUGGACUACCAGUUUUAUGAUGUGCUUAUUUCAAAUCUUGUAAAUAAUGGGGAAAAAAAUAGACGAGGGUUGAGUUCUUUAAUCCUAAUUUGCGUGAGCAGGAUCCCAAAAUCACUUUGUCCUUUAACCUCCCGGCCAUCUCCAACCCAAAGACACCCCAGCACCCCUCCCAGAGCAGCCCAGUCAGGUUUUUGAUUACCUCCCAGUUAAACUAGCUCUUCCAAAGACUGCUCACAGUGUGGGGGGGGGCAAGUUCUUAUUUUGUGCACUAGAUAUAGAAACGUCUCUCAUCCUACCUUCUGCAGUACAAGUGCAAUGAAUUAAAAAUAACUCAAUAUGGUCACGCUCUGUAGUGACCGAUAAACAAAUGCUUGGGAAAUGCAUUUUGGCUUUCAGAGAAUGUAACUGAUGCCCCGCCGCCCCCCACCAACCCCUCAAUUAAGGCUCAACUGUUACAUCAAAAAAUGCAUAUUUAUCACUCACAGUAGGCAGUAAAUUUAUACUAAGGGGGCUUGACGUUUCAAUGUGUUACUGCUCCCUAGUCAGAGAAACAUUGUGAAAGUCUGUCAAUAUGUAGUACGAAAAAAAAUCAAUAUAGAUAUUCUUUGUUGUAAUUUCAGUGUCCAAAACAGGGUAACUAGAUGUGCUAAAAAAAAAAAAAAAGAAAAAAGAAAAAAAAUUUCCAACACAAAUUACCAGGAUCAAAAAGCUAAUCUUAACACCUUUGCAAUCAAAUUGUUACUGACAAUUACAUUGUCAAUGAGCAAAUGACAAUAAAACCCAAUGCUUAUGUAAUGACCACAGAUAUGUGGACUCGCUAGCCCUUGGCUAACGCGUCGGACCCUUUAGUUGACUGGUUAGCGCGGUCACCCGUGGUCUGGGCUAUCCGGGUUCAGUUCCCGGCUGCCCCCUGAAUUCGCUGCAUUGGUGUCAGAAGUGCGAAUGUAGCGAAUUCGGGGGGCAGCCAGGAAUCCGCCACAGCUGGGAGCCAAACCUGGAUAGCUCACACCACGGGCGA